AUGGCGUUCGCUUCUUUCCUCGGAAGAGUCCUCUUCGCCUCCGUCUUCAUCCUCUCUGCUUACCAAGAAUUUCAUGACUAUGGAGUUGAUGGGGGACCUGCAGCAAAAGCAAUCAGACCAAAGUUUGAUGCCUUUAUUAAUAAAGUUGAUUCACAUGUUGGCUUCCAACUUCCAGAAAUUGACAUGAAAUUUUUAGUUGCUGGGGCUAUUGCUCUCAAGGGCGUUGGAGGGAUUUUUUUCAUACUUGGCAGUUCACUUGGAGCUACACUUCUGCUUUUGCAUCAGUUGAUUACCACUCCAAUAUUGUAUGAUUUCUAUAAUUAUGACACUGAGGACAGAGAAUAUAUUAAACUUUUCAUCAAAUUUACCCAGAAUAUGGCCCUCUUUGGGGCUUUAUUGUUUUUUAUUGGGAUGAAGAACUCCAUUCCUAGAAGGCAACCCAAGAAGAAGGUUCCCAAAACAAAAACCUAUUAG